AUGACUGCUUGUUCAUUAAAGGCUGCAAAUGCAUCAGAAAACGUGAACAUAGUAUUUAUUUAAAUUCAUCCUAAUUUAGCUAAGGACAGUGUUGGGCUUUUAGGGAGAUCAAAGGUGACAAUUAAUAGAAAGUGGGACGAAUUAGCGAUAUGUCUGAAUACUCAUGGAUCUGGAGCUGCAAAAAAUGGACAAUGCUGGAGAAGGUAUUGGAUAGACCUUAAACAUAGGAUACAAUCUAGAGCUGCACAAUAUAGGCAGGAUGCUACAGGUACUGGUGGAGGGUGUUAAUGUUGAUAACUUAUCUGAAUUAGCCAUAUUGGGAACAGCAGCAGUAUUUGAAGAUACUGAACUUCAAAUUCCAUUUAGUAACCAACUCCUUCCAUCUUCAGCUGUUGAGCCACCAUCAGAUAUAGAAUUACAAAUAGCUAGGCAGGGUGCAUGAAAGUUGUAUGCAGGCAGAGAAAGCAUUAAUGCAACUUCAAAAAUUUCACAAGAAAUUUGGUCAAGCAUCUAAACACUUCAAACCUAAUUGAAAUUUAGAAAGGAUAAAGUAUUUUUAUGAUUAUUGUUUACUUGUGUGACCUAAUCUUUGUCAUUUUAAUAAAAGAUAUUUGCACAAAUCAA